GGCCCGCGUGGGGGCCGCCGCCGCCGCCGCCGCGGUGAUGCGAAGCGGGUGCUGGGCCGGGCGGUGGAGUCAGAGCCGGGGCGCGGGAGCCGGAGCUGCAGCCUCAGCGCGGCCAGCGGCGGCGGCGGCGGCGGCCACAGCAGCCCCGGCUCCCCGGCCCCGAGCCGCGCUCUCCACCCCGCCGCGCCGGGAGCCGCCGCCCCGCGCUCUCUAUGGACGUCAAGGCGGCCCCCAACGGGGUGGCCACCAUCGAAGACCGAAUCCUGCGGAUCACCGGCUACUAUGGCUAUUACCCGGGUUACUCCAGCCAGAAAAGUACCUCCAGAUCCGCAGUCCCUCGGUGUAAACCUGGAGCCAAUUGUCCCAGUUCACACAGUGGCAUCAGUAGACAACUAUCCCCACUCUCUGUCACAGAAGAUUCUUCUGCUCCUAUUCUUGAACUUCAGAGCCGAGGAGCCUCUGGAGUUUGUGGACACAGAGUUGAGAGACCGAACAGAACAGGGGAUGAUGGGACACAAACUCAUCCCGAGAACAGCAGCCAAGAAAACAGAAUCAAGGCUCGCUGCCUGUCCUGCACGUCCAUGGUUCUGAAGGGCGUCUGGGGACUCUUGAUCAUCUUGUCAGUAUCUUCGUCUUGGGUGGGAACCACUCAGAUUGUGAAAAUUACUUAUAAGAACUUCUAUUGUCCAUUUUUCAUGACAUGGUUUUCCACAAACUGGAACAUUAUGUUUUUCCCAGUCUAUUAUUCUGGUCAUCUGGCCACUGCUCAAGAAAAGCAAUCUCCAAUGAAAAAAUUCAGGGAAUGCAGUCGGAUUUUUGGUGAAGAUGGUCUGACAUUGAAACUCUUUCUUAAAAGAACUGCUCCCUUUUCUAUCCUAUGGACUUUGACAAAUUACCUGUACCUACUGGCUUUAAAGAAGCUGACAGCCACAGAUGUCUCGGCUCUUUUCUGUUGUAACAAAGCCUUUGUCUUCUUGCUGUCGUGGAUUGUGCUGAAAGACAGAUUCAUGGGAGUGAGGAUAGUUGCUGCAAUAAUGGCGAUUACGGGCAUUGUCAUGAUGGCAUAUGCAGAUAAUUUCCAUGCUGACUCCAUCAUAGGGGUGGCGUUUGCAGUGGGCUCAGCCUCCACAUCUGCAUUAUACAAGGUUCUGUUUAAGAUGUUUCUGGGAAGUGCCAACUUUGGUGAAGCUGCACACUUUGUCUCCACCUUGGGUUUCUUCAAUUUGAUCUUCAUCUCCUUCACCCCUGUCAUCCUGUAUUUCACCAAAGUGGAGCACUGGUCUUCUUUUGCAGCUCUGCCAUGGGGCUGUCUCUGCGGGAUGGCAGGGCUGUGGUUGGCCUUCAACAUCCUGGUGAACGUGGGCGUGGUGUUGACAUACCCAAUCUUAAUCUCCAUUGGCACAGUGCUCAGCGUCCCUGGAAACGCAGCCGUGGACCUCCUGAAGCAGGAGGUGAUAUUCAACGUUGUUCGCCUGGCUGCCACCAUCAUUAUCUGCAUUGGGUUCCUGCUGAUGCUGCUGCCUGAGGAAUGGGAUGAAAUCACCCUGAGAUUCAUCAACAGCCUGAAGGAGAAGAAGAGCGAGGAGCACAUGGAGGACCUGACCGAUUCCAGCGCCCACCUGCGGAGCAGAAGCAGGGCCAAUGGGACAGUGUCUAUACCACUGGCUUAAAGAGACACACAGUUUGAAGGCACACAUAUGUAUAUUCUGUGAAUAUAGUAAAAUUUUCUCACUACCUGAACACUCAAAUGACAGUAUUAACUCUGAAUUUGGAUAAAUCAGAUGUGAAAUAAGACCAACAAUGAAGGUUUACAUUUAUAUGCUUAUCAAGGAACUGAUGUAAAUAAUCAUAAUAAAUUUUUUAUUAAAA